UGGGAUGUUGAAGUGCUGCUAGCUCAGUGGAAGUAGAGAGAAGGCUGCACAAGAGAGUAAUGCAACAUGUUGGCUUUACUUGAUGGGAAAAGCAUGCGUUUGGGAACUGUAUUUGCCGCACGGGGGACAAUGGAUUGUUUUUGAAAAAAGAACAUUUACGUUUUUUUUAAAUAUAUAAUCAAUACACAAGGAAAUAGGACACAGGUUGUGAUCAGCAUGUUUUGUGCUAAACUCAAAGAACUCAAACUUACCGGAGAAUGUCCAUUCUCCAUGCUGGUGGAAAAUAAGGACCCUGGUGAUUUUGAGGAAUGCACUGGUGUAAAUCAACUAGAUGCCACGUUACCAAUUUCGAAAGAGGUGUGUGGAACGGUGUCUGGGAUACGACCACAGCGCAAAACAAGCCAGAGCAAAGUUAAUCUGCACACACUUGGAGAAAGCAUUCGCAAAUUAGUGUGUCCGGAGUUUCAGAGGUUGCAUUUUGCCUUUCAGAGAGUACUUAGACAGCAUAAAACUGAAGUAACAUGUCCUGGUACUGUUUAUGUAGAUGUUUGUCAGGAUGCUUGCAGGAACCUUGGGAACACAGAGACAUUCAUAGAAAUAAUAAACACUUACUCUGAAAAAUCAGGAAUGCCAAUGGAUGCUAUCAAACUUUUACUUGGUGAAGAACUGUUUAAAAUAUGCUAUGAGGAAGAUCAACACAUUUUAGAUGUUGUCGGGGGAACUCUUAACGACUUCUUAAACAGUUUCAAUGUCCUGCUUAAACAAAGUGCAGGUACUUCACAAAAUGCAGGCUGUAAUGAAAAAGAAGCUUCAAUACUUUGUUUGGAGAAAGACCCAGGACUUCUAACUGUGUACUACUUCCAUCCUAAUAAAACAACAGGGUUAUUCUUCUCAGGUAUCCUUAAGGCAGCAGCCUGUAUACUGUACCAGACUGACGUUGAAGUUUCUUUGGAUCAAACAUGCUUCAAAGAACGCCUCCAUGAGUUUUACCAGCAGCCCUAUUUGCUGUAUUCCGUUUUGGUUAAGAGCGCCAAGAGGUUUGCUCCUAGUCCAUUAAAGACAGUCUCUUCGGUUGAAAUCCCCAUGUCUCUGUUUUGCCAGACUUUUCCAUUUCAUGUCUUGUUUGAUCAGGAAAUGACUUUACUUCAAAUUGGAGACGGUCUGAGGAGGUGCUUGAAUCGAAAAGAUGUUCAAAGGAGGCCUACUUUUGAGGAGUAUUUUGUCAUUGUGUCCCCAGGAAUAAGAAGCACCUUCCAAGGGAUCCUGACCAUGUUAAACACACAUUUCAUUUUAAGGAUAAAGCAAGGAAACAAUAACACUGACAGUACUCCUCAGCUCAUGGAUCUGAAGGGUCAGAUGAUCUACAUUUCUGAGUCCAACACCAUUUUGUUCCUGGGAUCCCCUCGCGUCGACAAACUAGAAGAGCUGACUGGUCGAGGAUUGUAUCUCUCAGACAUACCGAUCCACAACGCACUUAGGGAUGUGGUUUUAGUGGGGGAACAAGCCAAGGCACAGGAUGGGCUGAAGAAAAGGUUGGGAAAAGCUAAGGCAGCUCUAGAACAAGCCCACCAGGCCCUGGAAGAGGAGAAGAAAAAGACAGUCGAUCUUUUAUUCACGAUAUUCCCCGGUGUGGUUGCCCAGCAGCUAUGGCAGGGGGAACACGUUCAAGCCAAGAAGUUUGACAAUGUGACAAUGCUUUUCUCGGACAUCGUAGGCUUCACUGCCAUCUGUGCCAAGUGUACGCCCAUGCAGGUGGUCACUAUGCUGAACGAGCUCUACACUCGCUUUGACUACUAUUGUGGAGAGCUGGAUAUCUACAAGGUGGAGACAAUCGGGGAUGCAUAUUGUGUGGCUGGUGGCUUACACAAGGAGAGCCAGACUCAUGCUGUUCAGAUAGCGCUUAUGGCUUUGAAAGUGAUGGAGCUAUCAGAUGAAGUAAUGACCCCUGAAGGAGAGCCAAUCAAGAUGCGAAUAGGUCUUCAUUCUGGCUCCGUUCUUGCUGGAGUUGUCGGGGUUAAAAUGCCUCGCUACUGUCUCUUUGGAAACAACGUCACACUGGCCAAUAAAUUUGAGUCUUGUAGUGUUCCAAGAAAAAUCAAUGUUAGUCCAACAACCUACAGGCUUUUAAAAGACCACCAAGGGUUCCUUUUUACACCAAGAACAAGACAGGAUCUCCCAUCAAAUUUCCCCAGUGACAUUCCUGGUAUCUGUUACUUCUUAGAGGCAUUUGACCAAUCUUCCAGAGCCAGCUCUGGAUGUGAAAGCGGACACCACAGAUUCAGCGAUACAAACUUUAUGAGAACAGCUGAAAACAGCUCUAAGGACUGAGUGUACCCAACAAUACCUGGGUUAUAAAUUAUUGAUUCUAAUAAAGCAUACCAAAAUCUAAAUUUGUAAAGUAGCAGGGGCACAUUGACCACUUUAGUAUUCCAUUCACCCAUGUUAUAAAAAUAGAAACUAUGGAAUAUUUUGUAUUGUUUCAUUGUAUUUUCCCCAGUGUAAAGACAUUUUGUUUAGUUUUAUUUUAUAUUCCACAACAUAUUUUACUCAAUUUAUGUCUUCACUACAAAAGUAGGCCAAUGGAAAUAAAUGUUUUCCAGAAUGAUUUGGUUCAUAUCAUUGUUUUUGACAAUCCAUUGUAAACAGUAUUAAAAAUGUUUGUCAAUGCUACAUUUCCAGCCAAACAGUUAUUUGAGUGGUAUUCAUGUAUUUAUUUAUUUAUCUAUUUGUAAUGGAUUUUUUAAAGCCACAAUCAAACAUUUAAGUAUGGCAGUUUAUGGCAGUUUUGUGUGUGUAUGUGUGUGAGUUACUCAAUACAUCUCAUCUUUUUAACCACAUUCAGAAAUGUAUAUACGGGUAUCGUUCUGUGUAUAAUCCUAUAUUCCCAAUUAUGUUCCACUUUAUAUAGUUAUUGUUUUGCUCAAAAGCAACCCUUUCCUAAUCGUAACACUAAUGGAUCCCUAUGUAAUCAAUUUGUGGUGAAAAAUAGAUUUCUAAUUUUCAAUAAUAAUUUUAUGUAUUCACUCUUUAUUUAAUCUUCAUGGAACAUCUGUCACCUGCUGAUUUUGUUUUUUUCCAGACAGAUAAAGUAAACAUAUUUGUUAUGAAAUAAAACAAUGUAUGUAUAAUUCUCAACUAAUUCACAGCUAGUUUCAUAAACUUUGGUAGAGCACAGGCAAGCAUGGUGAAUUACUAAUACAGUACUAAUACGGUAAAGCUUUAUAAAAACUAUUGUUCAGCAUUCUAAAGCAUUUGUUAGGCAUUGUUCUGACCUGCUACUGCCUUCCUUGACACAAUUAAGCUGAAUGCAAACUGUAUAAGCUAAUUAAUUUCAUCUUUACUUCCUGGUAUUAAUAUAUUUUUCAAGUGGGGUAUAUUUUAAGUCCAAUUGGAAUUCUUUAGGCUAUCAAGCUGAUAGACCAUAGUCAAAGUAAUUGUACAUGCUUUUUUUUUUUUCUUGACAUGAAACUGUGGACAAUGAUGACAUAAUAUUGAUUAGUAUUUAAUAUGAAUAUGUUAAUUGGUGAGAAACAUCCCCGAAUAUAAUGUUGAAUAUGAAGAAAAUUGGUAUUAUCUGGCUAACCAGCUGUAUCCCGGAAACAGGAACAUUCAGUCACACUAUUAUAUUUGUUGAGCAGGAUAUAGUGUAGGA